AUGAGCAACACGGAUUACUCUCAGAAGUUCUCCAGGAGUGACUCCAUACAUCACAUGAGCCACUCCCAGGGACGUCCAGAACUGCCCCCGCUGCCUGCCUCAGCCAAUGAGGAACCUUCUGAACUCUAUCAGACUGUCAUGUCGCACAGCUUUUAUCCCCCAUUGAUGCAACGCACAUCAUGGACCCUGGCUGUGCCCUUCAAAGAGCAGAACCACCACCGUGGACCCAGCGACUCCAUUGCCAACAACUAUUCCUUGAUGGCCCAAGACCUGAAGAUGAAAGACCUGCUGAAGGUCUAUCAGCCAGUCAACAUUAGUAUCCCUAGGAACAGGGCUAGUCUGGGGCUGCCAUCAGGUACUUGUGCAACCAAAAGCUCAUCAGAGCCCAACAAGAAGAGAAUGAAGUUCUGUCUCAAAGACAAAGAGGAUUUUACUGGGACCAAGUCGCCCUGCUCCACAUACUCAUCCAUGAAGAAGGAGGAGGACACAGCUGUCAGCCUUCCUGGAAGCAGACCAAUGAGUCCAGAACAGCAGAUUGAUGUGAUGUUGCAGCAGGAGAUGGAAAUAGAAAGUAAAGAGAAAAAACCAUCUGAAUUAGACAUGGAGAGAUACUGUUACUAUUUGACUAAUGGAAUCCAAAAAGACAUGAUUACACCCCAAGAGAAUGAAGUGAUGGUUCGGAUUUCAAAGCUGAUUUCUACUGCGUUGUUGACAAAUCCCUCCCUGGUACCGCUGCUGGUCACCCUUGAGGAAGAGAAGGAAAACGACUAUUACAGUAGCCUCAUGAAAAGCAUUGUUGAUUACAUCCUCAUGGACCCACUGGAGAAAAAAAGACUCUUCAUUGACAGCAUCCCACGCGUGUUUCCUCAGAGAGUGAUCCGGGCCCCUGUGCCCUGGCAUGCCACCUACAGGAAUAACAAGAAGUGGAACGAGGAGCACCUGCACACGGUGAACCCGAUGAUGCUCAUCCUGAAGAACCUGUGGUUUGAAGAAUUUAAAGACCUCAGGUUCGUGCGAACAGCAGAAAUACUGGAGGGGAAACUGCCUCUGCAGCCGAGCGAAUAUUGGGAAGUGAUCCAGAACCACUGCCUAGAAGCUCGCCAAGUUCUCCUCACCAAGUGGAUCCCUACCUGUGCCCAGCUUUUUGUCUCACAAAAGGAGCACUGGAUCCGCUUUGCUCCCAAGAGUGACUAUGACUCCUCUCGAAGCAUCGAGGAAUAUUUUGCUUCGGUUGCUUCCUUCAUGUCACUGCAGCUCAGAGAGCUGGUCAUCAAGUCCCUCGAGGACCUCGUUGCCCUCUUCAUGAUACACAAGGAUGGAAAUGACUUCAUAGAGCCCUACCAAGAGAUGAAUUUCUUCAUACCCCAGCUAAUUGUGAUCAAACUUGAAGUCCAGGAGCCCAAUAUUGUAUUUAAUCCAACUUUUGAUGCAUGCUGGGAAUUGAUAAAGAAUUCUUUCUUGGAAAUCAUUAAGAACUCUAAUGGGAUCCCCAAGGUGGAGUCUGUCCUGUUCCCAGAGUUAAAGGGAUAUAACCUGAUCCUUGGAACAGUGGACAGUAAAGAAAAACUUGUUUCUGAUUUUGUGGAUCAAACUUUUGACGUAUUUCAGAAAAAUCAAGUUGGCCCCCACAAAUAUUUAAAUGUAUACAAAAAGUACAAUGAUCUAUUGGAUAACAUGGCAGAACAAAACAUCACUGCUUUCCUGAAAGAAAAUCAAGACAUUGAUGAUUUUGUGACGAACAUCAAUGGCAUAAAAAAGCGGAGAAGUGAAAUUGCAUCCAUGCACAUUACUGUGCCUUUAGCCAUGUUCUGUCUUGACACCAUGACCCUAAAUUAUGAUCUCUGUGAGAGAGCCCAAAAUCUCAAAGACCGUUUGAUUCAAUACCAAGUGGAUGUAAAUCGGGACACCAAUUCCAGCAUUUGUAAUCAGUACAACACCAUUGCAGAAAGAGUCAGUGAGAUUCCUGCCAACACUAAGGAGCUGGUACUUCUCAUUGAAUUCUUAAAGAAAUCCAGUGAUGUCACUGUGUUCAAACUCAGGAGACAACUUAGAGAUGCAAGUGAGCGGCUGGAGUUCCUGAUGGACUAUGCAGAUUUGCCCCAAGAGGAUAUCAAACUGAACAGCACUCUGUUCCUCUGGCCAGAUCAGAUUGAAGAUAUCUUUGAAAACAGCCGAAACCUGCUCCUUAACAAGAGAGAUCUGGCAGAAAUGGACCUGAUUAAAAGGUGCUCAGAAUUUGAGUCAAGACUGGAAGGCUACAGCAAGGAACUGGAAGGCUUUAGGAAGCGGGAAGUGAUGACUACAGAGGAAAUGAAGAACAACGUUGAAAAGCUUCAUGAGCUUUCAAAGAACUUGGAUCAGGCGCUGAUGGAAUUUGAGUUGAUCAAUAAAGAGGAAGAGCUGUUGGAAAAGGAGAAGAGUUCAUUCCCACUUCUGCAAACCUUGAUAACCAACAAAGUACCUUACGAGCAGCUGUGGGUGACGGCCUACGAGUUCAGCACCAAGUCCGAGGAAUGGAUGAAUGGCCCCCUCUAUUUACUGAAUGCUGAGGAAAUCGCAGAGGAGAUAGGGAACAUGUGGAGGACGACAUAUAAAUUGAUCAAAACCUUUGCAGAUGUGCCUGCACCCAAACGCUUAGCAGAGAAUGUCAAGAUAAAGAUCGAAAAGUUCAAGCAACACAUUCCUAUCCUCAUCAUUGCCUGCAACCCGGGAAUGAAAGAUCGGCACUGGCAGCAGAUCAGUGAGAUUGUUGGCUAUGAAAUAAAACCCACAGAAACAACCUGCCUCUUAAAUAUGCUGGAAUAUGGAUUCUGCAAAUACGUUGAAAAACUGGAGCCCAUUGGUGCAGCUGCCAGUAAGGAAUAUUCCCUGGAGAAGAACUUGGAGAAAAUGAAGUUAGACUGGAUUAACAUGACAUUCAGCUUCGUGAAAUACAGGGACACUGAUACAAGCAUCCUGUGUGCAAUUGAUGACAUUCAACUGCUCCUCGAUGACCACGUGAUAAAGACCCAGACCAUGUGUGGCUCUGCAUUCAUCAAGCCAAUAGAAGCAGAGUGCCGGAAAUGGGAAGAAAAGCUUGUUCGUGUGCAGGAGAAUUUGGAUGCCUGGUUGAAAUGCCAAGCCACUUGGCUGUACCUGGAACCCAUCUUCAGUUCAGAGGACAUUAUCGCCCAGAUGCCAGAAGAGGGCCGAAAAUUUGGCAUCGUGGAUGGUUACUGGAAAACGCUUAUGGCCCAAGCGGUGAAAGAUCCCAGGGUUCUGAUGGCAGCAGACCAGCCACGGAUGACUGAGAGGCUUCAAGAAGCCAACAUUCUACUGGAGGACAUCCAGAAAGGUCUAAAUGAUUACUUGGAGAAGAAGAGACUAUUUUUCCCCAGGUUCUUCUUUCUGUCAAAUGAUGAGCUGCUGGAGAUUCUGUCUGAGACAAAGGACCCCCUCCGAGUGCAGCCUCACUUGAAGAAGUGCUUUGAAGGCAUUGCCAGGCUGGAGUUUACAGACAGUCUGGAAAUCACGGGCAUGAUCAGCUCAGAGAAGGAAACGGUUCCAUUCAUACAGAAAAUCUACCCAGCUAAAGCCAAAGGCAUGGUGGAAAAGUGGCUCCAGCAGGUGGAGCAGAUGAUGCUGGCCAGCUUGCGGGAAGUUAUCAGACAAGGGAUUGAAGCAUAUGCCAAGGUCCCUCGUAACUCCUGGGUCUUACAGUGGCCUGGCCAGGUAGUUAUCUGUGUCUCCUCCAUCUUUUGGACCAAGGAGGUUUCCGAAGCCCUGGUUGAAAAUACCCUCCCGGAUUUUCUGAAAAAGAGCAAUGACCAGAUUGCACAGAUUGUCCAACUGGUGCGAGGGAAACUGAGCAGUGGAGCUCGACUCACUCUCGGGGCCCUCACUGUCAUCGAUGUCCACGCUCGUGACGUGGUGGCCAAGUUAGCUAAGGAUGGAAUCUCUGAUCUGAACGAUUUCCAGUGGAUCUCACAGCUGCGCUACUACUGGGAGGAAAACGAUGUGCAUGUGCAGAUGAUAACCACAGAAGCCUUGUAUGGCUACGAGUACCUGGGAAACUCCCCCCGGCUGGUGAUUACACCCCUCACGGACCGCUGUUACAGGACACUGAUGGGUGCUCUGAAGCUGAACCUUGGGGGAGCCCCAGAGGGUCCAGCAGGAACAGGCAAGACAGAAACCACCAAAGAUCUGGCUAAAGCUUUGGCCAAGCAGUGUGUGGUCUUCAACUGCUCAGAUGGUUUGGAUUACAAAGCCAUGGGGAAGUUCUUCAAGGGGCUGGCCCAGGCUGGAGCAUGGUCCUGUUUCGAUGAAUUCAACAGGAUUGAGGUAGAAGUGCUGUCUGUGGUGGCCCAGCAGAUUCUCAGCAUUCAACAAGCCAUUAUCCGGAAGCUGAAGGUAUUCGUCUUUGAAGGCACUGAGCUCUCUCUGAACCCAACUUGUGCUGUCUUCAUCACCAUGAACCCCGGGUAUGCUGGCAGGGCGGAGCUGCCAGAUAACCUCAAGGCAUUAUUCCGGACAGUGGCUAUGAUGGUGCCAGAUUAUGCCCUCAUUGGAGAAAUCUCCCUCUAUUCUAUGGGGUUUCUGGACUCUAGAAGUCUUGCCCAGAAGAUUGUUGCGACCUACCGCCUGUGCUCAGAGCAGCUGUCCUCCCAGCAUCACUACGACUAUGGCAUGCGGGCUGUCAAGUCUGUGCUCACUGCUGCUGGCAACCUGAAGCUCAAGUACCCAGAGGAGGAUGAAAGCGUCUUGCUGCUCCGGGCCUUGCUUGACGUCAACCUGGCCAAGUUCUUAGCUCAAGACGUUCCUCUGUUUCAGGGAAUUAUCUCAGAUCUGUUUCCUGGAGUCGUGCUUCCAAAGCCAGACUAUGAAGUUUUUCUGGAGGCACUGAAUGAGAACUUGAAAAAGAUGAAACUCCAGCCAGUGCCUUGGUUUAUUGGGAAAAUUAUCCAGAUCUAUGAAAUGAUGCUGGUAAGACACGGCUAUAUGAUUGUUGGAGACCCCAUGGGCGGAAAGACUUCUGCUUAUAAGGUGUUGGCUGCAGCUCUGGGUGAUUUAUAUGCAGCCAAUCAGAUGGAGGAGUUUGCCGUGGAGUUCAAGAUCAUCAAUCCCAAGGCCAUAACAAUGGGGCAGCUGUAUGGGUUUUUUGACCCAGUGAGCCAUGAAUGGACGGACGGUGUCCUAGCCAAUGCUUUCCGAGAACAAGCAUCUUCAGUGUCUGAUGACCGCAAGUGGAUUAUUUUUGAUGGACCAGUGGAUGCUGUUUGGAUUGAAAAUAUGAACACUGUUCUGGAUGACAAUAAAAAGCUGUGUUUAAUGAGUGGGGAGAUUAUCCAGAUGACCACCAAGAUGAGUCUGAUCUUUGAGCCAGCCGACCUUGAACAGGCCUCUCCUGCCACCGUGAGUAGGUGUGGGAUGAUCUACAUGGAGCCACUUCAACUAGGCUGGAAGCCCCUGAAGGAUUCGUACAUGGACACUCUGCCCACCAGCCUCACUGAGGAACACCAUGAAUUGGUCAAUGACAUGUUCAUGUGGCUUGUCCAGCCCUGCCUGGAGUUUAUUCAUCAUCAUUGUAAAUUUGUGGUUCAAACAUCUCCCAUCCACCUUGCCUUCUCAAUGAUGAGACUGUACUCCUCUCUGCUUGAUGAAAUCAGAGAAAUUGAUAAGGAGGACUCCGAAUUAUUUGAAAGCCUAUCAAAUCAACAGGUCUUCCUCUGGCUACAAGGACUAUUCCUCUUUUCUUUGGUGUGGACAGUGGCCGGCACCAUCAAUGCGGACAGCAGAAAGAAAUUUGAUCAGUAUUUCCGCAACCUGAUCAUGGGCAUGGAUGAUAAACACCCAAGGCCCAAAAGUGUCAAACUCACCAAAAACAACAUCUUUCCAGAUAGAGGAAGCAUCUAUGAUUUUUAUUUCUUCAAACAAGGUAGUGGACAUUGGGAAGCCUGGACAGAGUACAUCACCAAACAGGAGGAAAUUAUCCCCGCUGGUGCAAAGGUCUCAGAACUCAUCAUCCCCACAAUGGAGACGGCCCGGCAGUCCUUCUUCUUGAAAACCUACUUGCACCAUGAAAUUCCGACGCUGUUUGUGGGUCCUACCGGCACUGGCAAAUCAGCCAUCACAAACAACUUCCUCCUUCACCUUCCCAAAAAUACCUACCUGCCCAACUUUAUCAAUUUCUCUGCCAGAACUUCAGCCAAUCAAACCCAGGACAUCAUCAUGUCCAAGCUGGAUCGACGGCGGAAGGGCCUUUUCGGGCCUCCCAUGGGGAAGAAAGCAGUGGUGUUUGUGGAUGACCUCAACAUGCCGGCCAAAGAGGUGUAUGGGGCCCAGCCCCCCAUCGAGCUCCUGAGACAGUGGAUUGACCACGGUUACUGGUUUGACAAGAAAGACACAACCAGGCUGGAUAUUGUGGAUGUGCUGCUUGUGACAGCCAUGGGUCCUCCUGGAGGAGGAAGGAAUGAUAUCACUGGUCGAUUCACUCGCCAUUUGAACAUCAUUUCCAUCAGUGCCUUUGAGGAUGACAUUUUAACCAAGAUUUUUGGUUCUAUUUCGGAUUGGCACUUUGGGAAAGGAUUCGAUGUGGCAUUCUUAAGGCAUGGAAAGAUGAUGGUACAAGCGACCAGGACAAUUUACAGAGCUGCAGUAGAGAACUUCUUGCCAACUCCCUCCAAGUCCCAUUAUGUAUUUAACCUGCGGGACUUCUCACGGGUAAUCCAGGGGGUACUGCUGUGCCCUCACACCCACCUGCAGGAUUUUGAAAAAUUUAUCCGGCUCUGGAUCCAUGAGGUAUAUAGGGUGUUUUAUGAUCGCCUGGUUGACAAGGAGGACAGAGAGGUCUUUUUUAACAUGGUGAAAGAGACCACCUCCAGUUGUUUCAAGCAGACUGUGGAGAAGGUGCUCAUCCACUUGUCACCCACUGGAAAGAUUGUUGAUGAUAACAUCCGUAGCCUCUUCUUUGGGGAUUUCUCCAAGCCAGAAAGUGAUCAAAAAAUCUAUGAUGAGAUCACUGACCUAAAACAUCUCACAGCGGUCAUGGAGUACUACCUGGAAGAGUUCAACAACGUCAGCAAGGCCCCCAUGUCCCUGGUCAUGUUCAGGUUUGCCAUUGAGCACAUCUCCAGGAUCUGCAGAGUUCUGAAGCAGAACAAAGGCCACUUGAUCCUGGUGGGCAUUGGGGGCAGCGGGCGGCAGAGUGCCACCAAACUGUCCACGUUCAUGAACUCCUAUGAGCUCUACCAGAUUGAGAUCACAAAGAGUUACACAAGCAACGACUGGCGUGAGGAUCUAAAGAAGAUCAUGCUGCAGGUGGGGGUGGCCGUCAAGAGCACUGUGUUCCUCUUCGCCGAUAACCAGAUCAAGGAUGAGUCAUUUGUGGAGGAUAUCAAUAUGCUUCUGAACACGGGUGAUGUGCCCAAUAUCUUUCCAGCUGAUGAGAAGGCUGACAUUGUGGAGAAGAUGCAAUCAGCCGCCAGGACAGAAGGAGAGAAGAUAGAGGUCACUCCUCUUUCCAUGUACAACUUCUUUAUUGAGAGAGUGAAAAAGAAUCUCCACAUUGUGCUUGCCAUGAGUCCAAUUGGGGAUGCCUUCAGAAACCGCCUGAGGAUGUUCCCUUCGCUGAUCAAUUGCUGCACAAUUGAUUGGUUCCAGUCCUGGCCCACAGAUGCCCUGGAGUUGGUGGCCAACAAAUUUCUAGAGGAUGUGGAGCUUGAGGAUGACAUUCGGACAGAGGUCGUCUCUAUGUGCAAAUAUUUUCAGGAGAGUGUGAAGAACCUGUCAGUUGAUUAUUACAACACGCUCCGCAGACACAACUAUGUCACCCCCACCUCCUACCUUGAGCUGAUUCUAACCUUCAAGACGCUCCUGAAUAUCAAGAGGCAGGAAGUGGACAUGAUGCGGAACCGCUACCUGACGGGCUUGCAGAAACUUGAUUUUGCAGCUUCCCAAGUGGCCGUCAUGCAAGUGGAACUGACCGCCCUUCAACCUCAACUCAUCCAAACCUCCGAAGAGACCGCUAAGAUGAUGGUGAAGAUUGAAGAGGAGACUAGAAAAGCUGAUGCCAAAAAGCUUCUGGUUCAGGCAGAUGAGAAAGAGGCCAACGCUGCUGCUGCCGUUGCCCAGGGAAUCAAGAACGAAUGCGAGGGGGACCUGGCCGAGGCCAUGCCAGCCCUUGAGGCCGCACUUGCUGCUCUCGACACCCUGAAUCCUGCUGAUAUCUCGCUGGUGAAGUCGAUGCAGAACCCACCUGGCCCUGUCAAGCUGGUCAUGGAGAGCAUCUGCGUCAUGAAAGGGCUGAAGCCGGAGAGGAAGCCAGAUCCCAGCGGCUCCGGUAAGAUGAUAGAAGAUUUCUGGGGAGUGUCAAAAAAGGUUCUUGGAGAUCUGAAGUUCUUGGAGAGUCUCAAAACCUAUGACAAAGACAAUAUCCCCCCAUUGAUCAUGAAACGGAUCCGGGAAAGAUUUAUUGAUCACCCAGAAUUCCAGCCAGCUGUCAUUAAAAACGUGUCAUCUGCCUGUGAGGGUCUGUGCAAGUGGGUGAGGGCCAUGGAGGUGUACGAUCGCGUGGCCAAGGUGGUGGCUCCCAAACGGGAGAGACUGAAGGAGGCGGAGGGGAAGCUGGACAUACAGAUGCAGAAGCUAAACCAGAAACGCGCAGAGCUGAAGCUGGUAGAAGACCGUCUCCAGGCCCUGAACGACGAAUUCGAAGAGAUGAACACCAAGAAAAAUGCGCUAGAGGAAAACAUUGAAAUCUGCUCCCAAAAGCUUAUCAGGGCAGAGAAGUUAAUCAGUGGUCUUGGUGGAGAGAAGGACAGAUGGACAGAAGCUGCCCGGCGGCUGGGGAUCCGCUAUAAUAAUCUGACAGGGGACGUAUUAGUGUCCUCUGGGACCGUGGUUUAUCUGGGCGCCUUCACAGUGGAUUAUCGGGCCCAAUGCCAAAAGGAGUGGUUGGCCGACUGUAAGGAGAGGGUUAUCCCACGCUCCAGUGACUUCAGUCUCAGCAACACAUUAGGGGAUCCUGUCAAAAUCCGUGCCUGGCAGAUUGCUGGGCUUCCCAUUGACUCCUUCUCCAUUGACAAUGGCAUCAUCGUGUCUAAUUCUAGACGCUGGGCCUUGAUGAUAGACCCACAGGGUCAGGCCAAUAAGUGGAUCAAGAACAUGGAGAAAGUGAAUAAACUGUCUGUCAUCAAGUUCUCAGAUGCCACCUACGUAAGGACUUUGGAGAAUGCUCUGCAGUUUGGCACCCCUGUCUUACUGGAAAACGUGGGAGAAGAGCUGGAUGCCUUUAUCGAACCCAUCUUGCUCAAGGCGACCUUUAAGCAGCAGGGGGUAGAAUACAUGAGGCUGGGUGAAAACAUCAUCGAAUACUCAAGGGAUUUUAAGUUAUACAUCACCACCCGUCUGAGGAACCCACAUUACCUCCCUGAAGUUGCUGUGAAAGUCUGUCUCCUCAACUUCAUGAUCACCCCCUUGGGUCUCCAGGACCAACUCCUCGGCAUCGUGGCUGCCAAGGAGAAGCCAGAACUGGAAGAAAAAAAGAACAUGUUAAUUGUGGAAAGUGCCCAGAACAAGAGGCAGUUAAAAGAAAUUGAAGAUAAGAUCUUAGAGGUCCUCUCCCUGUCUGAGGGCAAUAUCCUUGAGGACGAAACCGCCAUCAAAGUUCUGUCCUCCUCCAAACUGCUCUCUGAAGAGAUCUCUGAGAAGCAGGAAAUAGCUUCCUCCACAGAAAUGGAGAUCGAUGCAACUCGAAUGGGCUACAAGCCCGUGGCUGUGCACUCUGCUACCAUAUUCUUCUGUAUCUCUGACCUGGCCCACAUCGAGCCCAUGUACCAGUACUCGCUGACGUGGUUCAUCAACCUCUACAUGCAUUCCCUGGCCCACAGUGCUAAGAGCGAUGACCUGCAACAGCGUAUCAAUUACAUCAUUGAACAUUUCACCCUGAGCGUCUAUAACAACGUGUGCCGCUCUCUGUUUGAGAAGGACAAGCUGCUCUUCUCCCUCCUGCUGACUGUAGGUAUCUUGAAAGAGAAGAAAGAAAUUAAUGAGGAAAUGUGGUACUUCCUUCUCACCGGUGGUGUUGCCCUAGACAACCCCUACCCCAACCCAGCUUCCGAAUGGUUGUCUGAGAAGGCGUGGGCAGAAGUGGUUCGGGCAUCCUUGCUACCCAAACUGAGAGGCCUGAUGGUACAUUUGGCACAAAAUACGAAGGAGUGGAAGAUGAUCUAUGACUCAGCCUGGCCCCAUGAAGAGAGAUUCCCUGGACCUUGGAAGUCCCUCCAAGGACUAGACAGGAUGGUCAUCCUCAGAUGUUUGCGGCCUGACAAGAUAGUCCCGGCCAUUCGGGAGUUCAUUUCUGAUCACAUGGGAAAGGUGUACAUUGAAGCCCCUACAUUUGAUCUCCAGGGAUCCUACAAGGAUUCCAGUUGUUGUGCACCAUUGAUUUUCGUGUUGUCUCCAGGUGCAGACCCCAUGGCAGGCCUGCUGAAGUUUGCAGAUGACCUUAGCAUGGGAGGUCCCAAAACACAGACCAUCUCCCUUGGCCAAGGCCAAGGUCCUAUUGCUGCCAAAAUGAUAAACAACGCCAUAAAAGAAGGGACCUGGGUGGUCUUACAGAACUGCCACCUGGCCACAAGCUGGAUGCCUGCACUGGAGAAGAUCUGUGAGGAGGUGAUUGUUCCUGAGAGCACGCACGUGAGAUUCAGACUCUGGUUAACCAGCUAUCCAUCAGAGAAGUUUCCAGUUAGCAUUCUCCAGAAUGGGAUCAAAAUGACCAAUGAGCCCCCAAAAGGGCUUCGGGCCAACCUUUUGCGCUCCUACCUCAAUGACCCCAUCUCAGACCCCACUUUCUUCCAAAGCUGUACCAAGCCAGUCAUGUGGCAAAAGCUGUUAUUUGGCCUUUGCUUCUUCCACGCCAUCGUUCAAGAGAGGAGGAACUUUGGACCCCUAGGUUGGAAUAUUCCUUAUGAAUUCAACGAAUCUGACCUCAGGAUCAGUAUGCGGCAGAUCCAGAUGUUUCUCAAUGACUACAAGGAGGUGCCAUUUGAAGCUCUGACCUACCUGACAGGAGAAUGUAAUUAUGGAGGUAGAGUGACAGAUGACAAAGACAGGCGUCUCCUGCUGUCCCUACUGUCCACGUUCUACUGUAAGGAAGUUGAGGAGGACCAUUAUUUCCUUGCUCCUGGAAAGACUUACUACAUCCCUCCCCAUGGCCCCUACCAGUCCUACAUCAGCUAUAUCAGGACCCUCCCCAUCACAGCCUACCCAGAAGUAUUUGGCCUCCAUGAUAACGCGGACAUCACCAAGGACAAUCAGGAAACCAAUCAGCUCUUUCAAGGGGUGCUGUUGACCCUCCCUAGACAGUCAGGAGGGAGUGGAAAGUCCCCUCAGGAAGUGGUUGAGGAACUGGCCCAGGACAUACUCUCCAAGCUUCCCAAAGACUUUGACCUGGAAGAGGUGGUGAAGUUGUAUCCUGUGGUCUAUGAGGAAUCCAUGAACACUGUCCUGAGGCAGGAGCUCAUCAGAUUCAACAGACUGACCAAAGUGGUUCGCAGAAGCCUCAUUGAUCUUGGCCAAGCCAUCAAAGGGCAGGUCCUGAUGUCCUCGGAGCUGGAGGAAGUCUUUAAUAGCAUGCUCGUGGGUAAAGUGCCAGCCAUGUGGGCUGCCAAGUCCUACCCAUCGCUGAAGCCCUUGGGGGGCUACGUGGCUGACUUGCUGGCCCGCCUGGCCUUCUUUCAGGAAUGGAUUGACAAGGGGCCCCCUGUGGUCUUUUGGAUUUCUGGAUUCUACUUCACACAGUCUUUUUUGACCGGUGUUUCUCAGAAUUAUGCCCGGAAAUACACCAUCCCUAUUGACCACAUUGGAUUUGAGUUUGAGGUAACGGCACAAGAAACAACCAUGGAGAGGAACCCAGAAGAUGGGGCCUACAUAAAAGGACUUUACCUAGAAGGUGCCCGUUGGGACAGGAUAGGGAUGCAGAUUGCAGAGUCUUUCCCCAAAAUCCUUUAUGACCCAUUGCCCAUCAUUUGGCUGAAACCAGGGGAGAGUUCAACAUUUCUGCAUCAGAACAUUUAUGUGUGUCCAGUCUACAAAACAAGUGCUCGGAGAGGUACCCUCUCCACCACAGGCCACUCCACCAACUACGUCCUCUCCAUUGAGCUCCCAACAGACAUGCCCCAGAAGCACUGGAUAAACCGAGGGGUAGCCUCGCUGUGUCAGCUGGAUAACUGAUGGCAUUUAUCUCAAGGCACAAAGUAAAAGCCAUUUUAUUCU